AGAAAAAUGUACGAAAUGAAGAUUUCUGAUUCAGCGCCAUCCAUUUCAGGGAUAGAAAUUCGUGUCCAAGAAGAAGAUGAAGAAACUUUAGAGAAACAGGAAGAGAUAACGAGUGCCACCAGAAUGGCUGAAAUUCCAGCCUAUCUACUGAGGCGACCAAGACGCCUCCAGCAAGCUGAGCACAAUGCUGAAGUCACCAUAGCAAACGAAAAUUCUGGGGGCGGAUCUACAGAGGACGGAGACUUUAAACAGCUGAAAAAAGUCCGAGAGAGGCGAAAAAAGGAGAGGCAACUGGAAGAAGAGAACGAAAAUACGGAAAUCCAACCUCAGCUUAUAAAGCCUGAGGUGCGAAAGAACAGAAAAUCAAAUGACUCAAACGGACCUCGGCCAAUAUCCUCAAACAGACAAAAGAAAUUCGAGGAUCUCCGAAUAAAAAUGUUUAAAACCGUCAUCGAAGGCGACGAGGAAACACUCACGCGUUGUAUUGAGGACAUCAAUAUAAAAAUACCAUUUUCCGAUGCUGUUAUGACUAAUCCAAAAAAUAAUGAGAAUGUUUUAAACUAUGCUCUUUCAAAUCACCAAUUCGAUAAAGCCAGUCUUCUUAUCGACAAAGGCGACGAAACUUUGCUGCAAAACGCCUUUUCAGUUAGUUCUACAACAAAGACAGCUUUACUGCAAGUGACCGAGGCAAAUCAGAUUGACCUUGCCAAAAAAAUUAUCUCUCGUUUGAAAGACGUCAAGAAGGCCAUGACAGCAAAUACUAAAAUAGAGAUGACCGACCAACGUCCGCGAGAAUUUCCCUGUCUCCAUCUAGCAGCCUAUUACGGCCAUACUGAACUCGUAAAAUUUUACUUGGAACAGGGUGAACCAUAUGGAAUUACAGUUGAUUUUCCGAAUAAGAAACAAGACACAGCGUUAUUGUGGGCAACUAAAUGCGGACAUAAAGACACUGUAUCUUUUCUGUUGGAAAAAGGCGCAGAUCCAAACAAGGGGAAUGAUAAAGGAUCGACAGCAUUCUACUGGGCCAUUCGCUACGAGCACACAGAAAUAGUUCAACUGCUUUUAAACAAUUCACACAAGAAAGUAGAUAUCCACAAGGAAAGAAAACUAGGACUUGUUGCUCCAAUAGUUCUAGCCUCAGCUUAUGGUAACCAUGAAAUAGUCAAACUGCUUUUAAAACACGGUGCAAAUAAAGACCAUGUGAUCACCGGAGGUCAGACACCACUACACCAUGCGUGCAAAGAAGGACACAUCAAAGUUGUUCGACAGUUGUUGAGCUACAAAGCAGAUUUUCGCCGACAAGAUGAAAAAGGGGACUGUGCAAUUUUACUGGCUGCAAGAUACGGUCACGUGAACAUAGUGCGAAUUCUUCUAAAUCUUGGAGACGAUCCAACCCGCCGAAAUAACAUGGGUCACGAUACUUGGCACUACGCAAUUAAUAGCAACGACUUAUCUUUGUUAAAGACACUUCUGGAAUAUGGCACUGCCCCAACAGAGAGAGAGUUCCAGGUUUCAAAGGACCCCUCAGGGCGACCACAUUUUUUCACAGCAGCAGCUCAUGGCCACGUCGAGAAGAUAAAAUACUUGUUCCAAGCUGGCCAUGAUCCAAACGAUCGUGAUAAUAGCGGAAAUACUUUUCUUCAUUAUGCAGCGUCAUUUAAUCAAAGUGAGGUGAUUCGGUGUUUUCAAAAGUAUGUUUCUGUGGAUGCACAGAAUGAGAGAAAUGAAACAUGUCUCCACAUUUCUGUGAAUGCAGGGUUUGUGCAAUGUACCCAAGCUCUACUAGAAGCAAACGCAAGCACAAAUAUCAAAAACCACCGCGGAGAAAAUAUACUGCAUAUAGCUGCAAUGUCCAAACAUACUACACCAGAGGUUGCUAAAAUGCUGGUAGACCACACAAUAAAAACACACGACUGGGAAAGUUUAAAUGCAAAGGAUAAUUUUGGAAAUAACGCUCUACAUAUCGCCGCCAAAUUUGCUAAUCCAGAUGUACUAUGGGAAUUUCGUUACCUAAGAUUUAAGGAUCUUGACGAAGAUGGAAACACACCUUUACACGAGGCAGUAAGGAAAGGAGAGGAUUCUGAGGGUCUAGAAACUAUGCUGGACAUUUUCGAAGUCAUGGAUCGUGAUGGAAAUGUGAAUGAGCCUAACAAAAAGAAAGAGACAGUUCUGCAUUUAGCCGUAUUAGAGGGCUACCAUAACACUAUUCGUCGUUUGGUUUAUCUAAAAGCCGAUCUUGAGGCACAAGAUCAAGAGGGAAACACAGUUCUUCACAAGUUGAUAACCGCAAUAGCUAAUGACCCAAGUAACACAAAUCGCUACUUGAAAUCUUUUGAAGUCAUUGUUGAUGAAGGUUCACGAUGGUGGUGCUCAAAGAAGAAUUUGAAGUUCUUCGAUUUAGGGAAAAAUAUGGCAACGAGAUUAAAACGCCAAGCCCUUGUGUAUCUGAUGACAUCAGUGAAGAACAAUUCGAAUUACACGCCUUUAACUUUAGCAUACAAACUUGGGGUCCACGAAAUACUUUCUCGAUACUUAAUGAUAGAAAACAUCACUCUUUUUCACGAAGGUGAUAAUAUUUUAUUUGAUGUUACAAAUAUCACACCUAUGACCGCUGAGGAUUUAACCCAGAAAUAUUUUUCUAGCAAUCCUUCUCGCAAAAUCCAGUCUGACAUACAUAUAACAGGAUUGGAAAUUCUCAUGAAAGGAGCAAACAAAGAAAGAGCAGCUCGAAUUCUGGACAUUCCUCCGAUGAGAGAGGUGGAGAAAUUGUACAAUGUACUAAAUGCUGUCACUUUCACCGUGUUAGUCAUAUUGCACAUUGUAUAUAUGAGUCUCUUUAGCUAUACAGGCUUAGAAAUAUCCAAAGAAUUUCGCGAAAACCCGAUCAACAUGACUACGGAUAACUCGGUAUAUAUCCUUACGUACAUUGUUGUUCCAAUGGAGCCACUCAUAUUUCUGUUGUAUUUUCUUUUGACGGUCAUUUCUACAAUCAGGCGGAGGGAUUUUUCUAGCCCUUUGUCACGACUUCUUCCUUUCCUGUUUUAUAUAGUCUACUCUGGUCUGGUCAUAGCCUGGUUGGUGCUAAUUACAACCCAAGAGCGUUAUCAAGACUACGUAUUGGCCCUUUGCCUCGGGUUAGGUUGGGUGUAUACAAUCACGUUCACUCGAGGUUUUAAAGCCAUCAACUACUUCUGGAGAAUGAUAUUGAACAUGAUUGUUAGCGAUGUGCGUCGAUUCCUUAUAGUCUAUGCUUGUGUUCUUCUGGCUUUUGCCUUUGCUCUCCAUGCACUUUUUCAGAUAUCUGCCUCAAUUGCAAACACAUACCCAACGUUUGCCGAUACUGUCUUUCUUGUUUUCAACAUCAUGGUUGGGAUGGGUGAAAUAUUUGAUGAUAAUUUUGAAACAGGCAUGACUGACGUCGGUCGGACGACCGGGUUUAUCAAGGUUGUGUAUGUUGUCUAUUUAGUGUUGGCUACCAUUGUGCUACUGAACAUGCUCAUUGCAAUGAUGAACGACUCCUACUCUCAAACGCUUGCCGUUCAGAAAUACCAUUGGCGGGUGGAUUCUGUGCAAAUUGGAGUAAGCAUUGAGAGGCUCCUACCGUGGCUUCCAAGGAUGUUCUCCAAAAUACAACACCGUAAAAUACCAGGUGAAGAUGAAAAAUACGAGGUUAGGAAAUAUUACGUUGUACUUCCUCAGGCACAGUAUGAAGCUAAAUAUGGCCGACUUGCUGGUACUGAAGAAGGCCAACAGAAGGACCAACUUCGGGAAGAUCUGAUGAGUAUCAACAAUAAAAUGGAGGAGACCGAGCAGCAGCUCAACGCAGUUAAAAGUAAAUUAGAGGAGGUGAUGUCCAUGAUGAAAAAGAAGGAAAACGUUUAGUGAUAUAGGCAGAAAAAAAUACCAAGACUUUUGCCUUUACUUUUUUGAUGGAGUAUUUACUAACCACUUAGUUUGAUAUUCGUUAUUUAUUUAUACA